AUGAGUAACGACAACAUGGAGGUCGAGGAAGGAGUUCAGAAGAGAUUUGAAGUGAAGAAAUGGAACGCCGUUGCUCUGUGGUCGUGGGACAUGGUCGUGGACACUUGUGCCAUCUGCCGCAAUCACAUCAUGGACCAGUGUAUCGAAUGCCAAGCCAACCAGGCAGCCAGCAACAACCAAGAAUGUACCGUCGCCUGGGGUGUGUGUAACCAUGCCUUUCAUUUCCACUGCAUUUCCAGAUGGCUCAAGACCAGACAAGUGUGCCCGCUGGACAACAGAGAAUGGGAGUUCCAACGAUACGGACACUGAUAACCUGGUAAUCUAUUACACGAGUAUCUUCUAA